CGGGGGAGCCGUGACCGGGCCCGCGGCCGCCCCCUAAGCGGCUCCACGGUCCUACGCCCGCCCGCCAUGAAGAGUCCCAGAGAGGAGGCGGAGCAGCCCGCAGGGGACCAUGUGCAGUUGAAAGUACCAGUUCUGCAGCAGUGGUACCAUUGGGACUGCGGGCUGGCCUGCUCCAGGAUGGUACUGCAAUACCUGAAUCUUCUGAAUGAUGACGAAUUUCAGAAGGCCAUUCAGGAACUCCGGCUGACAAAAAGCAUCUGGACCAUUGACUUGGCCUACUUAAUGCGCCACUUUAGUGUGAAGCACAGAUUCUGCACACAGACCCUGGGGGUAGACAAGGGUUAUAAAACCCAGUCAUUCUACAGGAAACACUUUGACACAGAGGAGAACCGAGUCAACCAGCUAUUUGCGCAAGCCAAAGCCUGCAAGGUGCUGGUGGAGAAGUGCACAGUGACAAUUCAGGACAUCCAAGACCAUUUGGCCCAAGGCCAUGUUGCCAUUGUGCUGGUGAAUGCAGUCUUGUUGCUGUGUGACCUGUGCUCCAGCCCUGUCAAAUACUGCUGUUUUCUCCCGAUUGGACAGAAGUGCUUCUGCAGGAGCCCCGACUACCAGGGCCAUUUCAUUGUCUUGUGUGGCUACAACGAAGCCUCAGGGAGUAUUUAUUACAACAACCCUGCCUACGCUGACCGAACAUGCAGCACCAGCAUCAAUAACUUUGAGGAAGCCAGGACAAGCUACGGCACAGAUGAAGACAUCCUGUUUAUUUACACGGACAGCUGACACCCGGGGUCUGGUGCUUUCCGUUUGUCAUUGGCCCAGCCUGCCCAGCACCUCUGUGGCAGCUGGCUUGUCUCAGGACUCCUGCUACAGAGACUUUGUUCCCAGACUGCAGCAGGAUUGCAAACAAGGGAUGCUUUAGAGAUGCUGGUAGAGCUGCGUUGCUGUCCUCUCGCCAUCUUUUUAUUCUUGAUGAAAUAGCCUGUGUAUAUACACUAUGCUAUAUUACAUACAUAUGGAUGUGUAUGUAUUUAAUUUUAAUUUUGCACAUUUAAGUUUAAAAUGCAAAACCAGACUUUCUUUUCCUGUUGGAUGUCAGACCCUUUUCCUUCCCAGGAAUAAAACUCUCAGAAACCAAGUCCACUAAUGUUAGUCAUCACUUGGGUGCAUAUGGAGAAAGGGUAGACACAGGAGGAAGCAACAGGUGAAGACUCAUCCUUCACCCAGAUCACAGUAAAAUAAACUAUUUUUGAGAGGAGGGCAGCAAGAGGAAGAAGUUACUCUUGUCU